AUGGCAGACGAAGAAAAUAGCGGAACCUCUACGCCACGGUCCUUCACGGGCCAGACCGUCUCCGCAGAGGAAAUGCUCAAGUCGCAAACAGUCGGUCUCGUCCAUCUCUCUGACUUUCGCAAGCGGCGCGCAGAGGUAUUGGAGCAAAAAGAGCGCGAGGCACAUGACAAGUCGCUGGGGCGACUGGCAUCCGGUAAUUCUCGAAGCGCAACUCCCUCAGCAGGCGAAGUGACUGACGGAUCAACGCCUCCUCAGAGUGACGGUCCCCCGAAGAGAAAGAAGAAGAAGUCUCUCGCCAAAAGCAAGCUUUCAUUCGGCGAUGAUCAGGAUGAUACUGGGGAGGAAUCCGCAGCUACGCCACGCGACUCAAGCGUCUCACGGUCUGGCUCCAAGACACCCGCUGAGGAUAGCGCCGCUCGCCGCAUGAAAGCAAAUCCGAAUGCGCCUCCCCCGCCAAAGGCUUUGACCAAGGCAUCUCUGGAAGCCGAAGCGCAGGCCCGCGAUGUUCUACGCAAAGAGUUCCUUGUCAUGCAAGAAGCCGUCAAGAAUACCGAAAUUCUGAUCCCAUUUGUUUUCUACGAUGGAACUAGUAUACCUGCAGGAUCAGUCAAAGUCAAGAAAGGCGAUCAUGUCUGGCUGUUUUUGGACCGGUGCCGAAAGGUCGGUGCAGAGCUAGGCGUGCGCGGUGCCAAUGGCGCAUCCAAGGCAAAGAAGGACAACCGGCGAGAGUGGGCACGAGUCAGCGUCGACGACUUAAUGCUUGUCAAGGGCGAUGUUAUCAUUCCUCAUCACUAUGAAUUCUAUUAUUUUAUUGCCAAUCGCGUUCCUAGUCUGUCGCGUGCUGGAGGCUUACUAUUCGAUUACUCCAAUAAGCCUCCAGCUGCUAACCCUACAGACGAUCCCUUGUCCCGUUCUAGUGACGAUCAACUAGAAGGCGCCGACAAAGACUUCUCAGAGACCAAGGUCGUAGAUCGACGGUGGUACGAGAAGAACAAACACAUCUAUCCAGCCAGCUUAUGGCACGACUAUGAGCCUGGGAAGGAAUUUGAAGAGAAAAUGACCUCAACAAGGCGCGAUGCACAAGGAAAUACUUUCUUCUUCUAG